UAUAUUCAUGCUCUACUGGCAAAAGUCACACCAAUAGCACCUUCUAACUCUCAAGCAACAACUGAAAUUUCUUUAAUUUAAAGAUAAAUUUAUUUUUAUAAAAAAUAAUUUUGCAUGCUACCUUGGCUGUUUAAUUUUGGCAUGGCCAUCAUUUAAAAGUUGUCCUGUGCAGUGAACAUUUUACUUUGGAUGACCGGAGCUCUGGAUAAAUAAUCGACAGCAUUUUCAGCAAACGCGCAAGUGGAACUUUUGGUUCAGCAAGAGGCUGUUACGGAGGUGAAACUGGAGCGCUGGGGACGAUUAGCCGGGCCCCCCGGACGAGAGGAGGGGGCGCCAGCGGGGCCUGCCUGCAGAGGGUCAGGCUGGAGGAGGUCUGGGGAUGAAAGCUACUGGGACAGCCUGGUGUCAGAGGUGGAGGUCUUACCCCACGCUCCCAGACCCCAGAGUUGCAUUGGGGACAUCGGGGACAUGGGGGGCAUCGGGGUGGAGGGCUGGCUGCAGCAGCUGGAGAGAGCGCAGAGGGCGCAGGGUCCCGCCCGCGCCAAGAUGCCGCCCCUCUCGGACCGGACGGUCUCCAUGCCCACCCUGAACGACGGGGCCCCCUUUCGGAAUUACCGGGGCCAGGCUUUGCCCCCCGGGUGGGACCGCCCGCCACACAAGCCCAUCAGCCAGGAGGAGACUCCACAGGGCAGUGUGGAGGGCCUCUUCCUCCCUCCUGGCCAAUGGAAGACGGCUCGCUUCCGGAGCUCUCCUCGGCCCGAGCCGGUGCGGGUCUCCGCCCUGGCCUCCGUGAGAAACGGCUGGCUGCCCAUUCAGAAGAGGGCCGUGGUGUGUGACAUCACCCGCCACGCCCCACCCCCGAAGGACUCCGCCAGUCAGGAUCAAUAUAACCCCUCCAAUGCCACCAGUAUCCCCAAAUGUUUUAUGAAAAAGAAUGGGUUGGAAUGUACAGAUGGGAAAGAAAGAGAUACGAGUACACAGGCAAACUGCCUGGACCCCAGACCCAGGAGGUUAUCGGGUCAAGCCUCACCCAAUAUUAUACAGACCUCACACCUGGCUUCGCUGGAGAGUGAUUCACCACUUGGCUGGGAGAGGUGGAAGAAGGGGUGGGAGGAGAGGAGGACGGCGUUUUUCUCAGCUGGGGUUCAACCUGGUGACCACAAUGCGGUGCCCCAGAGACACAGCCCUCUCCACAGAACUGCGAGCGAUCCAGUUCCCUCAUGCACCGCAGCGCCCCCUGCUGGCUUGGAGACGCUUCCCACGAAGCCACGAUUUUCCUCUAUUAUGGCCACAGCCCGGAGGAUCCCCCGGUCCCACACGUCCCCCUUGAGCUCUGGAGGAACCACCGAAUCGGAUGAGGCGGGGAGCUCCGCCCCUCCCGCCCACGAAAACCCACCGGCAAACCACCCCAGCGAGCCCAUCGUGCGGAGAAGACGGGUGUCCGUGAUAAAGGUGACAGACACUGGGCGGAGUCGGCAUUCAGAUGAGACCGCCCCAGGGGUGGGGCCACGGGAGUUCAGACACAGCUACAGCGAGGGAGACGGAAAGGAGAACGUCCUCUCUCGUUUCUGCCUUCAGGGCGGGACGGGCCCCGCCCGGCCCUCUGCCUGCACGGAGGGGCGGAGGGGGUCAGCCGACGCCGCCCUGCAUCCGCGCAGACCGCGCUCCUGUUCGCUGGCGGAGCCGGAGGGGAGCGGGGAGAAGAUAUACAGGUCCACCCUGUCCCUCUACUUAUGCAGGCCCUCCUCCGGCGCAGAGGGGGCGGGUGACCCGGGCGGACCCGCCCGACCCCCGAGCUUCGCCGGCGCUUUUCGGCACGCCGACCCCGGAUUGGGCGGGCCGCCGGAUCCCGCCGCGAAGCCGCCGAGCUUCGGGUCUCCAGAGAAAGCGAAUAUUGGCUGUGCGAGAGACGCAGCUUGCAGUCUAAACAUGUCUCCCCCCUCCGUCAGCUACCAUGGUGCAGAGUCCUCCAAACAAGGUGUGGGCUCCAGGCGGGGGCCUGGCCUUCACCCAGGCCAGAGCUGGAGCCAGCGCUCUGCUGCCGUUACACCGCAAGCUGUCUCACCAACCAUGAAUUCAGAAGACCACAGGAUCGAUGUGGGCCUGAAAGACUUGUCCUCCUUUGGUACACAUCAAAGCGCCGAAGCCAUCUUGGCUCUGAACGCCGCCUCCAUUAUCGCCAGCAUAAAACUCCAAACGCGGAUCAACAAGAUGGCCAACCUCCUUUCGGAACAGGAGUCCAAGAAGCCCCCGGAGCCGGGAAAUGAGACGGUGGAGAAUUCUGGGAGCCAUGAGAGCAGCCCCCCUGCUGGGGGCGUGGUCAGACGGCUCCAUGGUAACGCUGGGAGGAAGGCACGGCCACACCCCAUUUACUGGCAAGAGCCUCCCUCUGACCAGCAAGAAGACAAUGCAGCCCCACUUACUUUAAGAGAGGCUCUGGAGCUCCUGCGGCCAGACUUCAUCAGGCGCUCCCAGCGAAGGCUCAAGGAGGUGGAGCUGCGGGCGCAGAAGAGGAGGGCCCAGCAGGGCAGCACCCUGGAGCUGGAGUCCGCCCAAGCGACCAGGAGGACCUGCAGCACCAAGCCAAAUCCCCUCGGCGAUGACCAUUGUAAACUUGGAGACAGAGCCAUUGCAGGGAAGGAGAUUGUGCUCAGAUCCAAAAGGCAAGCUGCCUCACAGUUCAUCUUCAGCAGGCCCCAUUUCUCAAGUCUCUUGUGUUACUGUAAUUAUCUAUAAAUACAUCAUUUUCACACAAUGGAGGAAUUACAGCAUCUAUAAUAAUUACAGCAUAUAUACUGUGUAUAAUGUUUUUCCUCUUUUCUGUCU